AUGAUUUGGACAGAAGGACUUUGGGACCAUGCAGUAGAGUACUGUGAAAUCCUGUUUCCUGUUUGUACUUUUUACAGCAAGAAGCACCGGACCAGCAUUUCGAGGUUAAGUAGUUCGGUUACUACUAGUACUAACAUUGCUCAUUCCCGCGGUCUGAGGCACUUGUGCAAAAAAGACAGACCGCAACUCUUCGCAGCCAACACCUCAAGUGGGGACUUUUGGGCAACUAUGCGCUUGGUGCUCAACAACAUUUUUUUCUUUUCGAAGGGCCGACUCUUGGAUUGUGGGAGGCGUGAAACUGGAUUGUUGUUGUUUGUGGGAGCAAGGAAGACGAGAAGCGGUUGGUGA